CCUCUUCUCUCCUUCUUAUUGCCUCCCAUCUGGUGGCAUCUUCCCCCGUUGCUAACAGCAACCCCCCGCCGGCUCCCAUCUGCGGCACCUGCAACCCUCUCUCGGGCCAGAACAGCUGCGACCCGACGACGUCGUGUAUCAACACAGGCAAAAACUUCCACUGUGCCUGCCGCGCGGGCUACAAGGCCUCCGAGGACAACGACAACGUCAGCCAGCAGUUCCGUCUGCAGGUGCCCAACUACGAGUUCCUCGUCUUCACGCCUGAAAACACUGUCUGCGACACGCUCUGUGACCAUCCGUACGAUGGCACUGCUACGCUGUGCACCGAGGUCCCGAUCUAUUCCGAUUGCGUGGCCUGAUCGAUUUGACUCAUUUGAUUGA